UCUAUUGGUCCAUUAUAGCAGCCAGCCCUUAUAAGACACAGUAGAGGGCGGGUAGAGAGUGUGUUGUGGUUUCAUUCCUUUUAGUUUUUUUGUGGUAUAACUAUGGCUGGAAUCAUUUUGGGUCUCUGUGUGGUGUUGAUGGUUUGUGUCUCAUGUUCAGGACAAACACUUGAAUGUUUUCACUGUGAACUUGGAUUUUGGGAUAUGUGCCACACUACCAAAAUUAACUGCAGUGCUGGAGAGCAGUGUUAUGUUGGCAUCGGAGUGGCAGCCUCAGUGGUUAAAAUCAAGACGAUGGGAUGCCUUGCUAAAGAUGACUGCAACAAGACUACUGUUGUGACUUUUCCUGCAAAUAAGACUACCUUCUACAAAAUGACAAAUAAUUGCUGUGAUGAAAACUACUGUAACAGAGGCACUGAGGUCCUAAUAGAAUCAAUCCCCCUGAUUGCACUAGUUAUUGCUCAGAUAAUUGGUCUUCAUAUCUAAGUCCUUCUCUGUAUAAAGUUGUUUGAUCUAUGUUGGGAUUUGGAGUAUGUUUUUGGUUUUUUAAUUUCCUAUUGGAGGGUGAAGAAGCACCAGUCAGCACUUUGGGGGGGAAUUUAUGAAGGCUAAUUGAAUUUUGAUCAAAAAAGUUUAUAAUGUAAAUCUGUUUUAGAAAUUGUAGAUUGUAUAAUGACUAAAAUAAAAUGUUUGAAUAUGCA